AUGCAUGGCAUGCGCCGUAUUUCCGGCAAUACCACGCUGUUCCCAGAUCUCUGGUCGGCCGCCAACCUUCAGCAAACACCAACACAACACGGCAUCAACAUCACCAUUGACCGCCGUCGUCCGGUCGCGUUUGGCUUUCACAUCCUCAAGCCAACUCAAAACUCAAGCAUUAUGGCACUGUUAUCCGGUGUCAAGGCGGCGUUCCGCCGGUCGCCGACAGAGGAAGAACCCAGCACGCGGGCUGCCGUUGACGUCGGCGGGGAGAAGACAGAGAAGGACGCCGUCACCGAUGAUGCCGCGGUUGUCAACGAUGGCGGCGAAUCACCGGCGGAGCAUCCUGCCGAAGACAUGCAACGGGGUGUUCAACAGGUUGAGGCCGUCACCAUGAGCUGGACCAAAGCAACCCUGAUUGCAGUCUUCUUCAAUAUUUGGUUGCUCUACCUCGUCAAUGCCUUCCAGUCCGCCAUCCUCUCGAGUUUGGUGCCCUUCGUUACAAGCGACUUCGAAUCCCAUUCUCUGUUGAACGUCAUUUACGUUGUUGCCAACUCCAUGACGGCCGCCGUGUUUAUUCCUCUAUCCAAGAUUUUGGAUCUUUGGGGGAGAGCUGAGGGCUUUAUGAUCAUGGUGUUUUUCGCGACCCUGGGCUUAGUCCUCAUGGCCGCGUGUAACAACCUCCCCACCUUCUGUGCUGCAUAUGUCUUCUACAGCCUCGGCUUCAGCGGCAUGACGUACUGCGUCGACGUGAUCACCGCUGAUGCAUCCAAGCUCAAGAACCGUGGUCUAGCCUACGCCUUUACGUCAUCUCCUUACAUUAUUACCGCCUUCGCCGGCCCGAAGGCCUCUGAAGAUUUUCUCAACAACAUUAACUGGAGAUGGGGUUUCGGCUGCUUCGCCAUCAUCUUUCCCAUCGUCGCUUCUCCCUUGUACUUUGUACUCAAGUUCAAUCUCCGAAAGGCCGAAAAAGAAGGCAUCCUAGCCGGCGAAAGCAGCGACCGGACAUGGCUGCAGAGCAUAUGGCACUACGUUGUCGAGUUUGACGCCCUUGGUGUCAUACUGUUCUCGGCCGGCUUGACCGUAUUCCUCCUUCCCUUUACCCUUGCUGCCGAAGCGCCAAACGGUUGGGCAUCGGACUACAUCAUCGCUAUGAUUGUAGUCGGUUUCGUCGUCCUUUGCGCCUUCGUCCUCUACGAGUGGUUCCUAGCCCCCACGCCGAUGCUCAACUUCAGCAUCUUGUCGGAUCGCACAGUACUAGGUACUUGUCUGCUUGGAGCCACAUACCAAAUUUCUUACUACUGCUGGGCCAACUACUUCACCUCCUUCCUCCAGGUGGUCAACAACCUCACCGUGGCCGAGGCCGGGUACGUCAACAACACCUUCAGCAUCGUGUCGGGCGUGCUCUUGUUCAUCGUCGGCUACUCUAUCCACAAGACCGGCCACUUCAAGUGGCUGCUGUACAUUGCCGUCCCCAUCUACAUCCUCGCACAAGGACUGAUGAUCUACUUUCGCCGCCCCGAUCAGUCUGUUGGUUACCUGAUCAUGUGCGAGGUCUUCAUCUCGAUCGGCGGGAGCAUCUUCAUCAUCAUCCAGCAGGUGGCUAUCCUCGCGGCCGUGGACCACCAACACGUGGCAGUUGCGCUGUCACUGCUCUACGUGGUCGGCACCACUGGCGGCGCCAUCGGCGCCACCGUGUCGGGCUCUAUCUGGACCAACACCUUCCACGGUGCCCUAUCGCGGUUCUUGCCCGAGUCGGCCGUCCCAGACCUGGAAUCUAUCUACUCGGAUCUGGAAGUUCAGCUCGGUUACGCGAUAGAAACUCUCGAGAGGAGGGGCAUCCAGGAAGCGUACGGUUACGCCCAGACGAGGAUGCUUGCUGCCGGAACAUCUUUUAUGAUUCUGGCCUUUGUUGGGGUGCUGCUGAUUAAGAACAUUAAUGUUGCCAAGAUUAUCCAGACUAGGGGUAUGGUUUUCUAA